CUCCUGCUUCUUCGUUCCCGCUGUCUGGCUUCCCCUGCCCUGUUCCCGCUCCCGGCCCGGGUCUCAUCCUCGUCAUGGCUCAGCGCCGCCUCACUGACUUCUUUGCGCACCGCCGCCCGGGACCCCGAGCCGCGUUGUCGCGUACCAAGCCGACUUGGGGCACCCCGAGCUCCGCCAAGCCCGCGCCCCACGUCCGCGUUCCCAACUCGGGCGGCAGGCGCAAGCGCGCCCGCCUGCCCGACGAUCCCGCGUGCAAUGAGCCCACGCGCGACGAACCCGCGCCGCCCGCACGCAGGAAGCUGAAGUUGACCGCGGAUGUGGUCCCUGGCCCUGGCUCUGCAGAGGCCCCUAGCUCCCCGGAGCACUCCUCUCUGAGCAAGAAGACAAAGAAGGUUGCCCUCUCAGCAGGUCAACUGCCCAGACUGGCACCCCAGGAGGACAAGGUCCCCUCAAAAAUCACCUUCUCAGAAUUCAAGUCGUGCCUGAAACGGGCCCGGGAGCUGGGCGCACGGGUCCAGGAGCUGAAGGCAAGUGCCCAGAGGAAUGAUGCUGGGGAACCCAGCGCGCUGGAGGCCAAUGGGCACUCAUCCAGGCCAAGUGAAGAAAAGGCACCUGCCUAUCAGCGCUUCCAUGCCCUGGCCCAGCCAGGGCCUCCUGGCCUUGUGCUGCCCUAUAAGUACCAGGUGUUGGCUGAGAUGUUUUGCAGUAUGGACACCAUUGUGGGCAUGCUCUUCAACCGCUUGGAGACUGUGACCUUUGCCAAGGUCAAGAAGGGCGUCCAGGAUAUGAUGCGCAAGCGCUUUGAGGAGCGCAAUGUGGGCCAGAUCAAAACCGUGUAUCCUGCUUCCUACCGCUUCCGCCAGGAGCGCAAUGUUCCCACAUUCAAGGAUGAUGUCAAGAGGUCUGAUUACCAGCUCACCAUCGAGCCACUGUUAGAUCAGGAGGAUGGCAACACAGCCACCCAGCUCACAGCCUCACACCUUCUGCAGCGACGACAGGUCUUCAGCCAGAAUCUGGUGGAGCGCGUCCGUGAGCACCACAGGGUAUUCCUGGCCUCCCUGAGCCCCCCCAUGGUGGUACCCGAGGACCAGCUGACACGCUGGCACCCCCGCUUCAAUGUGGAUGAAGUGCCUGACAUCGAGCCUGCUGAGCUGCCCCAGCCACCCACCACUGAGAAGCUGGCCACCGCUCAGGACGUGCUGGCCCGAGCCCGCAGCCUGAUGUCACCCAGGAUGGAGAAGGCCCUGAGUGACUUGGCCCUGCGCAGAGCUGAGCCCAGCAGCCCUCUGUCCUUCAGCCCAGCACUGCCAGCCACCCCACCGCCCACUCCACCCGCUCCCCUGAAGGGGGUGUCCCAGGACCUGUUGGAGCGGAUCAGGGCCAAGGAGAUGCAGAAGCAGCUGGCACAGAUGACACGGCGUCCAGAGCAGGAACAGAGGUUGCAGCGGCUUGAGCGGCUGCCUGAGCUCGCCCGGGUGCUGCGUAGCAUCUUUGUGUCCGAGCGCAAGCCAGCACUCACCAUGGAGGUUGCCUGUGCCAGGAUGGUGAGCAGCUAUCACGUGGCCAUGAGCCCAGGGGAGAUGGAGAAACAUGUGCAGCUCCUAUCUGAACUGCUGCCAGACUGGCUUAGCCUGCACCGCAUCCGCAUGGACACAUAUGUCAAGCUGGAUAAGGCUGCUGACCUGGCAGGUGUCACUGAACGGCUGGCUCGCCUUACCCGUGCCGAGGAGGUGCUGUGAGCCUGAUGGCUGUGCACUAACACACAUGUGAGCUCAAGCUCUGGCCAGGCCCUGGAUGCCUGUUUUAUUCUUGAAGAAUGUAAUGCACUUUGCUCCCCCAUUCCCGAGUCCCCAUGAGUGUCAGAGGUUUAGCUGGGCUCUGGCUGCAGGGCCUGGGGAAAUUCUCUGGCCAGUGUGGGUGGUGUGCCCACCUCACAUAGUAUGCUGUCAUUAAACUGGUUUCACUAGGCUUUGUCUUUCGCUGCAUGGAAUGCAGGUGUAGGGUGGCUUCAGUGCCUACCAGAGUGGGUUUGGGCAGUGUGGUUGGCAGAAUAACCCCCUCCCCCAAACCCAUGGAGGGAUCCUGAGACUGUACUGAACAUAUAUGGAUGAGUCUAUUCCCUCGUAGAGUAUAACAACUGUUUAGUGCAGAGGUUAUAUGUAAAUACAGUGCUAUUUUUUUUUAAUCCUUGCUUAAGGACAUUUUUUCAUUGCUCGAGAGAAGGAGAGAAGUAUCAAUGUGAGAGACAGGCAUUGAUUAGUUGCCUCCAGUACAUGCCUGGACUGGGGAUCAAACCCACCUUUUGGUUAUGGGACACUCCAACCAAGCCAUACUGGCCAAGGCAUAAAUAAUAUGCCAUUUUAUACAAGGGACUUCUAAAGUUUUAAGCCUCCAAAUUUGCAUCUUCUGAUGCAGCAAUGGGCAACCAAGCCAAUUUGAGCAGCACCUGCUUCCUGCAUCAGCCUGCUCCCCUACCAGAGACGAGAACCAUAAAUUGCUAUAAAUGCUCUGAA